AUGGGGGAGAGGGCGGCAUACGUUGUCCCAUAUGGGUCGAACUGGGGCGGCGUGAAUGACCGGUUUGGGUUUGGGAGGAGGGAGGAUAGUGUGGUGGCGCUGUCUCGACUGGCGAUGCUGGAUGAAGUCAACAGAUACAGACAGAGGAUUGGCGUCAAACGGCAGAUGAACAGCGAAAUAACAUUCAAGCUGCAGCUCAAUUCGCGGGACAUAGCAGUGCAGCCGGCCAGCCUGCCCUUCUGUGUGCUCUCCCGGAGGGCCUUCCCUGACGCCUGCAGCAGCAUCACCGUGUCUAUCAACGCGUCUGUGCCUCUUAACGGGGCCAAGUGCCAACCGUGCCACCCGUGUGCGCAGGGGAAAGAGGUCGAAGCCAUUCUGAAUGCCACGUCACCAUCAUCUGACAAGUGGCUGGGUCCCGUCCAAUCAGGCGUCGCCUUCUGUCCGGGUGGGAAGGGGAGAGGCAAGGGCCGGUCUAGCAUGGAGGGAUCGUGGCCGUCGGAUUGGGAGGAGAUCUACCGACGAACGGUGGGAGAUGAGCUGGGGGCGAGGCAGAGGCUGAUCAGAAGGAGAGUGGGGGAAAUCGACACAUGCACGCGGUUUCUAGAGAAGAUGAGAGCGACGGUGUCCAACUGGGACGCCCCCUCCCCUCUCGCCCUCUGCGUUCGCUCUGCUCUUGGUGUUCCCAGCCUGCUCGGCGCCCCACACGACUCCUUCCCCAUCUUCUCCCGUCUGCUCUCCCCCACAAGUCACAUCCUUCACUUGGAAUACACAGCGUUGCAAGCAGGAGCAGCAGCAGGGAAAGGAGGAGCAGGAGGAGCAGAGGGGGCAGCAGGAGGAGAAGAGGAGGGAGCGGGAGGAGAGCAAUCGUGGGAAGAAGCUGUGGAAAAGGCACAGCCUGGGGUGCGGGUGACCAGAGCAUCGUUUGCUGACUUGCAAUUGGCUGUUGACCAGCAGAAGAUUGUUCCUGUAUUGAAGGUGAGUGUGGUGAAGGUGAGUGUGGUGAGUGUCUUCUUUCUUUCCUCCUGCCUACCUACUUAUCUCCUUCCCCUGCCAUCUCCCUUCCCUUCUUCCCUUCUCCCUCUCUGCUUCUUCAAUUCCUCCUCCCUUACCCUGUGCCCUCCGCUCUCCUUCCCCCUCCCCACGUGA